AUGUUCCUAGGAAGUGGACAGAGCCCCAUGCAAACCAGUGGUGAUUCGCCAAGGAGAGAUUCAGAAUCAAAAGAAGGUCCGGAAGAACCGACGAAGAAGACGCCUUCUUUCCUCUUCGGCGCCCGACGUCGAUCCAUCGCGGCUACGGGCAACUACUCCUACGAUCCUUACGGUUCUCCACUGCCCGCGCACAUCAGGGAGCCGGGUUCCGGAAAGAAUGUGCAUUGGUCCCCAACCCUCGUCCAAGAGAAGCACAUCACCGAGGAGCAGAGUGCUACCAAGCCGACUUCGAGUAUGGGAAGCUCUUCUUCUGGGCCGAAAGGUCCGCCUCUCCGUUCCCUCCGCGACAAUGUUGAACCGAUAACUAAGGUUCGUCGCAUGACAAUGCCCGUGAAUUUCAACCCUGGCACUCCUUUGCGCCCAGACAACGCCGGCUCGCAGCUUAGCCAACAAACUAUCCCCGAGGACUCUGCCUUUGAUCUCGAUCGUUCUGAAGCUGAAGCCAGGGAAUGUUGGGUGACCGUCUUUGGAUUUCUUCCCGGUGAUAACAACAAGAUAAUUACCUACUUUGGGCGCCAUGGUGAUAUUGUCGAUCAUCGGAUUCCGGCUCAGGGUAACUGGAUGCAUCUGUGCUACUCGAGUCCAGUCCAUGCAGCGCAAGCAAUUUCGAGGAAUGGGAUUGUCAUGGAGGGACAUGUGAAAGUCGGCGUGGUUCAGUGCACCGACCGGGAUGUAUUAUCUUCAACGGCCGAUCGUUCCUACGUAAACAGAUCCUCCGGUAAUAUCACGAAGAUCCGCGGUCCUGAGUCUUCUAAAGCUGACGUGUCUUACACUCGCGCCUUCUCCAACGUCAACUCGGCCAAUGAUAGCUUCCUCGAUACUUCAUUAAACAAUUCGCGGUAUUCAACUCUGGGCAGAAACGGCAUGCGACCUCUCGCGAUGAAUAUGUCUACUAACAAUGCGAAUUACAGUAUGGACUUGGAUCAAAGCAAGGAUCGCAGUUUCUUCGGAAAGUUGUGGAAUCUCGUCGGA